ACUCACUGGAUUAUGUUUAUCGUUUCGGAAUUAAAAAAAAUUUAAUAACGUGAAUCAUAGGUUGAUUAUGCAAUUAAUUGUAAUGAAUUACAAUUAACUAUGGAUAUAAAGAAAUGUGUACUGUGAAUAGCCAAAUAAAACGUUAAAAUAAUCCAAUAUAAGAUUAAGAUUAAGAUAAGAUAAGCAUCGUCCAUUUUGGCAUUCGAUUCAAACACCAAAUUUUUUUUUUUAAAAAUUAAGACACACCAAAAUAAGAUAAAUAUUUUUUUGUUAUUGCUUUUUUAUGGGCGAUGCCCAGUUUGAAGUUUGAGAAAUGCAUUCCCUAAUUUUAUUGGAAAACAACGCAGAACAAAAUCACUUACGGUCGUUUGAAAAAGUUUAUUUAUUAAUAGGUCUUCGGUAUUAAUCUCCGGGUCACCAAAAUCUGAUUCAUAAUACUUAUAGCAACGGAUUGUGAAGGUCGAAACUUCAAAAUGGAUUGCUGUUUAUCGAGUAAAACCACAGAGGCAGACCUUAUCAAUAUGGAAAUCGAGAGGCAAUUGCAGCUAGACAAGAAAAAGGCGCGACGGGAGGUUAAACUAUUAAUUCUGGGUACGGGAGAGUCCGGCAAGUCAACGUUCAUCAAACAGAUGCGAAUUAUCCAUGGCAACGGCUUCUCCGAAAGGGAUAAGCGUGGUUACAUCAAGCUAGUGUUCCAGAACAUAUUCAUGGCCAUGCAGUCAAUGAUCGGGGCAAUGGACAAGCUAAAUAUUUCCUAUGGCCAAAGCGAGCAUAGAGAACUGGCCGCACUAGUAAUGAGCAUAGAUUACUCCAAGGUAUCUUUUUUAGAGGGUCCAUACUUAAGUGCCAUCAAAACCCUUUGGAAGGAUGUUGGCAUCCGGGAGUGCUACGAUCGUCGCAGGGAAUAUCAGCUGACUGAUUCAGCCGAAUACUACUUAAACGACAUAACUCGAAUCGAAAGGGCUGAUUACUUGCCAACAGAGCAGGACAUAUUGCGUGCUCGAGUGCCGACGACUGGCAUUCAUGAAUAUCCAUUCAAUUUGGAAGGCUUUUUAAUAAGGAUGGUGGACGUCGCAGGUCAACGUUCUGAGAGAAGAAAGUGGAUUCAUUGUUUUGAGAAUGUGACCUCACUUAUGUUUUUGGCGGCGAUAUCAGAAUAUGAUCAAGUCUUGGCUGAAGCUGAAAUUGAUAAUCGAAUGGAGGAAUCGAAAGCACUAUUUUUUAAUUUACUUUCAUUCAAAUGGUUCGACAGUUCUUCAAUCAUUCUUUUCUUGAAUAAGGUAGAUUUAUUUGAGAAGAAAAUAAUGACUUCGCAUUUGGUAGACUAUUUUCCUGCAUACGAUGGUCCAAAAAGAGAUGCAGACGCUGCCCAAAAAUUCAUACUAAAAAUGUUUUUGGACUCAAAUAUCCGUCCGGAUAUAUACUCUCACUUUACAUGUGCAACAGAUACGGAACACAUAAAGCUUGUGUUUGCAGUCGUGAAGAACAAAAUUCUGCGACAUAAUCUUCUUGCAAACAAUCUUCUCUAAACUAAAAACGACUUGUGGCAUAUGCGGCUCAUAUUGAAGUUGAUGAAUUUAUAUUUCUAAAGUUAAUCGUCGAAAUGGUUAUAAUAGUUACCUAAGUAUUAAUAAAAAAGGAAUGGUUUGGACGA